AUAUGAAAAUAAAUAAAAUACUACGUUUGUCGCACUGAUCGAUCAAGUGUAAUUUUCCAAGUCAAAAAGGUUUAAGAUGAAAAAAAACGUAUUCAUUUUAUUUCUGUUGGUUUUGGUAUGCAUGCACAACGAGACGAAUGCAAGCGCAAACAUGACAGAAGCCGAAAGCAUCAUGCUCAGUCAUGUUCAACAAAAACAACAUUGGCAACGGAUGUGGUUCAAUGAGUUCAAUGCCGGCAAAGGUAAUUGGAUGCCUGUAAGCAGAAUAUGGUGUAAGGAUUCAACACUUGGGGCAUUGGAUAGGUUGCGAAUGGUCUGCCCGAUGAUGGGAUGCGCUUAUGGCAUUAAGUUAAAUUGGUUUCUUUUAUUGACGCUUGAAGCAAUAGAUGAAUGUGACAAAAUGCAACGUAACAAUAACGACUACGCAGGCGAUUGUAUGGCCGAACUUGAAAAAGUGAUCGAAGCAGGUAGUUUUGUUAUAUUAAAACUUAUGUAUACAAUUGAGUACAUUGAUGUUGUAAUCGACAACGGUGUCGAAGAAAAUCGAUUUUACCAUACACUGUCACCACUUGAUGAUUUUCUCACGGGACAAAUCCCCAUACAGUUUUCUGGACGUUCACCAGGAGGCUCAGUUAUCAACAAGUUGUUUAAUGGAGUUGCCGAAUCCUUAAGAAACUUUUUGCUCUCAACGUGUUCUCCAAACUAUCAGUUAUUCGAAAUAAAGGCAAUAAGGGAUGAAUAUUCUGCUAAAAGUUACCCGAAAGGUAUCUAUAUGUUUUAUGUUGAAAAAUUAUAUUCAUAUACCGAUUACAUCAACGGCCACUUGCUAAAACUUUGGCCAACUAGUCACUAGUGCCUAACAAACAGGUCAUUUGCUCUUACAGAAACAUUAUUACGUUAUUAUAAAUUGGUGUACAAUAUUCUUAGAUAUGUAACAAGUAAUUAUUUUAUAAAUAAAUGGUAUCCUAUUUAUUUAUUUAUAGAUAUUUUAUAUCUAUAAAUAGUCCUUAUUAAU